AUGCAAUUAGUAAAGAUCUAUGGGCUUGGUCAACAAUGGAAAGGUGGUAAUAUGAAACAUUCAGCAGGUGGUGGUCAAAAAAUCAAUCUUCUUCGAGAAAAUUUAGUUCGUUAUAAAGAUGAUAAAACUAAAAUAAUACUUUUUUCGGAUUCAUACGAUGUUAUAUUUACUCAAGUACCAGAAUUUAUUUUGGAUAAAUUUCAAGCAUUUAAACCAGCUCGAAUUGUUUUUGGUGCAGAAGAUUUCUGUUGGCCAGAUAAAGAUUUACAAUAUGCUUAUCCAUUAGUUGAAAGUAAUGAAAAACGUUUCUUGAAUUCAGGUGGUUUUAUUGGUUAUGCAUCGGAUAUAUAUGAAAUGAUUUCAAGUAAAGAAAAAACAGCUGAUGAUGACGAUGAUCAAUUAUUUUAUACAAAGAUUUUUCUUGAUGAAUUUAGUCGAACAAAAUGGUCAAUUGUACUUGAUAAACGUGCUGAUAUUUUUAUGAAUUUAAAUGGUGCUAUUGAUGAAAUACAAUUGCCGGUUCUCAAUGACGAAAAUUAUGUACAUAAUUCAUGGACUGAUUCAGUUCCGACUGUUAUUCAUGGAAAUGGACCUGCAAAAAGAGGUUUGAAUUAUUUGAGUAAUUAUAUUGCUCGUGUAUGGUCACCGACUAAAGGUUGUUUACAAUGUAAAGAAAAUCUAAUAGAUUUAAAUCAAAUUACAGAUCAUCAACAAUGGCCAAUGGUUUAUAUUGCUAUAUUUAUUGAAUAUCCAACACCAUUUCUUCGAGAAUAUUUUGAUAAAAUAUUAAAUUUAACUUAUCCAAAGAAUCGAUUAGAAAAUGAUUAUCAAUUUGUCAAAUAUUUCCAUCAUGAUGAUGAUAUAACCGAAGGUGAAGCUCGUCAACAAGCUAUUACUGAAUGUCAAGAAAAUAAAUGUGAUUAUCUAUUUGUAAUUGAUUCUAUUGUUCAACUUGAUAAUUCUGAUACAUUAAUGAAAUUAAUUUCACUUAAUCGUUCUGUUAUUUCUCCGAUGCUUUUACGACCUGAAAAAACAUGGAGUAAUUUUUGGGGAGAUUAUACAGAUGAAGGAUUUUAUAAACGAUCAUCGGAUUAUCUUGAUAUUAUUAAUAAUAGUAAAACAGGUAUAUUUAAUGUUCCACAUAUUGCACAUUGUUAUUUAAUAAAUGGAAGUUUAUUGAAAAGUUUUACACCGCAAUAUAUUGAUAUGAGAACUGAUCCUGAUCUUAAAUUUUGUCAAUCAUUACGAGAUGAUGGCCAUUUUAUAUAUUUAACUAAUGAAAUUAAAUAUGGACAUUUAAUUGAUCCAGAUAAUUUCAACACAUCAUUGAUUAUACCUGAACUUUAUGAAGUUUUUAGCAAUCUCCACGAUUGGAAAGCGCGUUAUAUUCAUCCAGAUUAUUAUAAAGCUCUUGAACCAAAUACAACACUUCAAGAACCAUGUACUGAUGUGUUUUGGUUUCCAAUGGUGACUGAAGCAUUUACUCGCGAUUUAGUAGAACUCAUGGAAAAAUUCAAUGGAUGGUCUGGAUCUGCUCAUAAUGAUCACCGCUUAUCUGGUGGUUAUGAAAAUGUUCCUACAGAUGAUAUUCAUAUGACACAAGUCGAUUUUAAUGAGCAUUGGUUAUUUAUUCUACGUGAAUUUGUUCAACCAAUUCAACAAAAACUUUACACUGGUUAUUAUAGUGAUCCUCCAAAAGCUGCACUUAAUUUCGUUGUUCGAUAUAUGCCGGAAUAUCAAUAUAAACUUCGACCACAUCAUGAUGCAUCAACAUAUACAAUUAAUUUAGCUUUGAAUGAUGUUGGAAAAGAUUAUGAAGGUGGUGGUUGUCGAUUUCUUCGUUAUAAUUGUUCAAUGGCAUCAACUAUUCGUGGUUGGGCAUUGAUACAUCCUGGACGUUUAACUCAUUUACAUGAAGGUUUACCAGUAAUAAAAGGAAAAAGAUAUAUUAUGGUAUCAUUUAUUGAUCCAUAA